CUUUGUUCAUAAGUGUUUUGAAAAAAAUUCUAGGAAUUUUUUUUUCUCAACAAAAAUAAAUGGACAUAAUGAUGAUAAUCAAACGAAUAUGGAAUGGAUUCUGGUAUUGUUUUCAUGAUUAUUGGAUAGAAGCAGCUGAUCCACGAACCCGCCAUUUUCCAUUAAUUGAGUCGGGACCUGAACCAGUAAUCAUUAUAUUAUUGAUCUAUCUAUUAUUUGUUAAAUUAAUUGGACCAUGGUUCAUGAGUGAUCGACCACCAUUCAUUCUACGGAUACCAAUGUUAAUCUACAAUAUUAGUAUGGUCAUUAUUAAUCUAUUUUUAUUCACAUUCAUCACAAGCCGUAUUGAUUAUGGAAGACGGUUUUUAAAUUUUAAAUUUCCCGAUGUUAAUGAUUUUACACCAGAAACAAUAUAUGAAAUUCGUAUCGGUUAUAUUUGCUAUCUAACACGUUGGGCCGAUCUAUUGGAUACGGUGUUUUUUGUCCUGCGGAAAAAACAACAACAAAUUACAUUUUUACAUAUUUAUCAUCAUACAUUAGUACCAUUAAUUGGUUGGAUGACAGUGAAAAUUGCACCACAAGCACCGGUUGUUGGAUUAUUUCUUAUGUUAAAUACAUUUAUACAUUCAAUAAUGUAUUUAUAUUAUGCAUUAGCAGCAUUCGGGCCAGAAAUACAGAAAUAUCUUUGGUGGAAAAAAUAUAUAACACAAUUACAAUUAUUACAAUUUACAAUCUGUGGUAUUUAUGGUAUUAUUAUGGUAUUCUUACAGGAAGGUUUUCCACCUGGCCUAUUUUGGCUAGGUUUUGCACAGAAUCCAUUCUUUUUCUAUAUGUUUUAUGAAUUUUAUCAAAAAUCUUAUCGUAAAAAACAAUUACAACAACAACAACAACAACAGCAGCAGGAACAAAAACAA